AUGGCUUCUGCUGGACUACCUCCGCCGCCCUCGGGAAUUGAUCUCUCCCAAGACAAACGGCCUUUGAUUGUGGCGAUUUCAGUGACAACCUGGAUUCUGGCAUUCACCACGGUGGCAUGUCGAAUUGUAGGACGACGCAUGAGGGGGCUUCAAUUAUGGCUCGAUGACUGGUUUAUUGUUGCAGCUUUGCCACCGUCAUUGGGUCAUGUUCUCGGCAUGGCAGCAUACGCCGUCAGCCAUGGACUCGGAAGACACGUUUGGGCGGCAAAGCGCGAUUGUCUGUACGCCUGGGCGCUCGGACUGUUUGUCGCCGAAAUCUGCUAUACCCUCACAUUAGUAUUUGUCGAACUUUCCAUCUUGUCAUUUUUCUGGCGAUCAUUUUCUGUUCGCGACUCGAUCCAAUGGCCGAUUCUCAUUCUCGCAUCCCUAGUGUGUAUCUGGGGUGCGGCGGUACUUCUCGUUACAUUUCUGCAGUGCCUUCCUACUCGCGCAAUUUGGGAGCGUUUCGAUCCCGCCAACUCCAUGAGCGCCAACAACUACACCUGCGAAGUUGACCUCGUCAAGUUCUUUUACGCAAAUGCAAUUCCAACCAUUGUGACCGACUUGGUAAUGUUGAUGCUCCCGGUGCCGUAUGUAUGGAGGCUUCAGCUGCCGCGCAUUCAGAAAAUUGCUCUGGGUUGUGUCUUUCUGGCUGGAGUAUUCGUCACCAUUAUUUCCAUGAUACGAUUUUACCAUCUUUUAUCGCUGGAUCUGGAAGACCCUGAUAUAACCUGGAACUUUGUCACAGUGGGUAUCUGGUCUUUUGUCGAAGGCAACACUGCCAUUGUCUGCGCCUGUCUACCUUUUCUUAGGCCCGUGAUCAACAGAAUCCCGUGUGGCAAUCCAUUCAUUUUAGCCCCGGUUCCAUUGAACAUCGUUCAACAAUCCGAAGAUUCUGGCCGCGGCUUUAACCAGAAGAACGUAUUCCCAACUUGGGGCUUUAAUAAAAGUCACGCCGCUUCAACCGCCCCAGUGCAGUCUUUGCACCAUGACGAACUCGAUAACGAUGAAUACCCAUUUGCUCACCUUGCAGACGAUGUGUCUGAAACUGAUACGCCAGCCAGACGCGAUGAUAGGGCGUUUGUCGAUUUGGAAGCCGUUGUCGCAAUCCCCUCGGCAAGAUAUAUUCCCAUGACAAGAGACGUUCGCCAACCGCAUCAAGCAACUCCAUGA